UACAGUGUGAAGAUGGUUUUUCUUUUGUUUGGAGUCCUAUUUGCUUUUCCAUACGCCACCAUGGAAUCUAUCAAAGUGGCUGAAAGUUAUUGGACUCUUAAAACAAAUGAGCUGGUGGUGGAUGAAGACAUGGCCAAUUACGGCAGCCAGCUACUGGUUCCACUGCUGUGCGGGGAGGCUUUUGAGGGGCAGGACAUCAUGUGGAGGAGAAACAGUGGAGAAGAGCUCCAGGAGAGGGGGAACAGAAUACUAGUUAUGGUGGAAGAGAGGCAGGGAGGCACUUACAACUGCUACAGCAGGGAAGGCUCCUACCUGAACCACACUCUGGUACUGGUGCACUGGCCCUACAGGAAGAUUAUUAAAGGGACACCUGAGAAAGGUUACAUCUACUGCUCAGCAAACAACUACAAUGGCUCCUUUCAGUGUUCCUGGACCUGGGAUGAAAAAAGGGCAGAUGCAGGAAAAGUUGUACUUAUUAAAGUAACACGCUCUCACCAAGUAGGGAACAUCACCUGCGACCUGACCUCCAGUGGCCAUGGGGUCAUGUGCCAGGACCACGCCUACUGUCCCUAUGCUGAAGAGAGGGACCAAGUCAACUUAACCAUUUAUUUCCGGAGUGACUAUGUCAUUGAGACCUAUCGUCUGCAGUUUCAGAUUUCAGGCAUAGUGAGGCCGGACAUGGUGCGCAUCAGCAAAAACACCACCACCCUAGAGCUGCAGUACCCAGAGACAUGGAGCACCCCCUCUUCCUUUUUUCCCCUCACCUUCCAAGUGAAAGAGAUUCACUGUUGCAAGAAAAAAUGUGACUGUUCAAACAGCAUUCCGCGGAAGGUGAAACUGACUCAGGGGCAGAUGUGGCCAAUAAAACAGGGCGUGACUGUGUGCGUGAGAGCGCAGGACGAUCUGUGCAACUCCUCUUGGAGUGAGUGGAGCCGGUUCAAAUGUCCUAAAAUGAAAAGCAAGAGAACGAACAAGAAAUGGAGACUUCAAAAACAAGAGUGA